AUGAAACAUUCAAUUGAUCCAAAGUCGUUACUAUUAUUAUUGCCACUGUGCAUUUGCUUCACAGAUUCCUUAAUUUUGAAGCCAAAUGGAAAGCAAAUAGUUAUUUUGCAAAAUACUGUCAAGGAAUUGUUGGAUUUCGAGCAAUUACCAGGUGAUGUCGUACGGCCCACGUCACGCACUGAAAACGCUGCCUCGAAAUAUAUGCUACGUUUAUUCAACACAUACAAAGAAAGGAACGGUGCUCAGCGUUAUCCGCUUGGGAACAUUGUAAGAAGUAUCAGUGCCAAAAUUGAACGUGAUCAUAUUUCAGGAGCAUUGUUUGAUGAAGAGCUCUUGAUUUUCAAGCUGAAUGCAAUUAAGCCAAGUGAACAGGUAGUUCAAGCUGAACUGUACUAUAACAUCCAGUAUAAACGUCGUUUCAUGUGGAAACAGGUGAAAGAAAGUGUGAAAGCAGUUGGAAUUUUGCAAAGCAAUGCAAAGGCGCAAACCGUACGACUAGCGCCCACUGCAAUCUAUCGUUAUUGGCUUACCUUCAAUAUGACUAAAUUGGUUAACGAAGCAUUACAAGCAAAUCAAAGUAUUGUUGCUGUAAAGUUUCUGAGAGGUGGAAAAAAGAUUAAAUGUGACGAAUUGAUCAAGCGGAAUGCACCUUUCCUUCUUGUACACGCCAAUGAACCGAUGCUUACUGAUGGCACGAAAUUUCAAUCCGCAUUCAGUGCGAAAGCAAUUCCUGAUAUUGAUGCUUCAAAGAAUUCGCCAUUCGGAACGGCUAAAAAUCGUCGAAAAAGGAUGUCUCAGUACUAUGCAUAUUCGGCGAAAGAAAAGCAGGAUGGUAAUGAUGACAGUUUAGAGCAGCAAACCGAGCAUCAUCUUAAAAGAUUCCGAGAUUUAGGACCACGAAUACUUCGGGGCCGAAAACAAGAUCGAUUAUUGCAAAAACGUAAGCAACAAAAAGCUAGUAACACUUUUCGAAAUGAUCCAAUGAUGGGCUUUGGUAGGGUGAAGAAAUUAUCAAAAGUUGUGACUGUUUCGCCGUUGCAUUCUGUAGAACAGAAAAAGGGUGAUGAUCUGACAGUGGUACUACUUCCAAGAGAAGCUUAUUCUUCCCAGAGCUGCAGAACAGAAAAAUUGAAUGUACGAUUUCGGGAUAUAGGAUGGGAGCAUUGGAUUAUUGCGCCAACAUCAUUUGAAGCACACUAUUGUAGUGGCACAUGUCCUUUUCCGCUCAAGCAGGACGUAAACCCAUCAAAUCAUGCGAUUGUUCAAUCAAUAAUACAUCGACUGGGCUUGAAUCCAUACGUUCCGGAUGUAUGUUGCGCACCGGAUAAAAUGGAUUCAUUGACAUUACUUUAUUACGACGAAAUGGAUAAUGUUGUACUGAAAAAUUAUCCACGAAUGACUGUUACUUCUUGCGCUUGUUUGUAA